UUGGGUGUGGGCAAGGUUAUCGGUCAGUAUAUAAAUAUAAACUGUAAUGCCGUUUAAUUGUAUCACUUGUUCACAAUCAACAGAACGAACAAAAUGAACGCUUUGGCCGUAGCUGUCCUCCUCGUAGCCGUCGCCUACACCAGCGCCAGUGGAAUUGGCCUAGGCGCAGGAGCUCUUCUCGCUGGUCCAGCUGGUAUCCUCGCCCCAGGUGUCGGCAUCAGCGCCAAAGGAGCCAUCGAAGGCGCUCUUGGAGGACAGUGGAUCCCUGACGUCCCAGUCGCCGGACACGGAAUCGCCGCCGGAAUAAGCACCAAAGGAGCCAUCGAAGGCGCUCUUGGAGGACAAUGGAUCCCUGACGUACCAGUCGCCGCCCCCGCCGUAAUCGCCCCAGGUGCUGCCGCCCUCGCCGCCGGUCCUCUUGGUCUCGGACUAGGAGCUCACGGUCUCGGUCUCGGACUCGGAGCCCAUGGUCUCGGUCUCGGUGUCGCUUCCAAGGGAGCUUUGGAAGGCGCUCUCGGAGGUCAAUGGAUCCCUGAUACCCAUGGCAAAUAGACGUUAGUGUUGAAAUGACUGAACAUGCUGUGUACCUAUUAUUUUCUUUCUGUAAAAUAUGGUAUAAAUUUUACGAAUAAAAUUUCCAUCUAAAUUUAA